AUGACAACCGCCCUGGAUCAGGCCAAGCAGGCAUGGCAGUACGCCAAUCUCUGUCCCUAUACCAUCACCCUCCUUACGCCACCUUUUGCAUUCGCUGACCUCAAACCACCUGUCUAUAGCCAAGCGCUCAAGCUGCGCAAGCACCUGACGAAACAAAUCGACAAGCUCAGGGCUAACAGCACUUCCGGGACCGACAUAGCCCAGUUCGAUGUCGUCGACGAGGCCCUUGGACAGUUUCGCCUCGCUUGCGUCACCACAAUUUUCCUCGACAUGGAAUAUGCCAACAAGGAGGAUUCCGAGAGCAUUCUCUGGCAGCAACAUGUCACCAUCAACUCCGAGUUUCGUCGCAUACUCGGAAAGCUUCGACAAGAUUCGCGCGUCGUCGAGAAACGAAAAGUCGAAACCAAAUACGGCCACUUCUUGCGCAUCGCUCAGCAAUUCUACCAGGGCUACAUUCAGCGUCUCGCUAUGCGCUACGACGUUUCCGAGCUGAGGCGCAUCGCCCAGAGCAUCGAGGCCAACCAGCAGCACUCCAAGGACAUGAUAAGCCCCGUCCCUGCCAACCUGUCGGUCAUGAUCCUAGCCUCCUGCCACUCGACCUUGAUUCGCCUCGGCGACCUGUCCCGCUACAGGGUCCAGGCCAAACACAAGAAGUCUUACGAGACGGCCAUGGCCUUUUAUGGCCUGGCGCACGAUGUCAUGCCUGACUCGGGCUUCGGCUUCCACCAGAUGGGAAUCGUGAGCCUUGAGGAAGGCAACCACCUUGACGUUGUCUAUCAUUUCUACCGCUCCUGGGCCGUUAAGGAACCCCAUCCCCUGGCUAAGCAGAACCUGGAAUCCAAGUUCAAGAGUCUCCAGAAUCACAGUUCAUCCUCCCGUGCCAAAGCAUCUUCGCCCUCUCCCAACGAUACCUUCGUCUUGUGGUUUGUGCGCCUCCAGGCUCUCUUUUACAAGGGCGAGCCAGUCUCCUCUCAGCAGAAUGAGCUCGAGCGUGAGGUCUUCCACCGCAUGACCAUGGCAAUCCGUGAUGUAGCAUCUGCCCCCAUGCUCUUCAAGAUGGGCCUUGUGAAUAUUUCGGCCCACUGCAUCGCUUCUAUGAAGAAUCAAGAUGCGAAAACAGAGUCAUCAGCCAGAUUCUACCAGCACGUUCUGCACUUCAACAUGCGCUUCAUUCUCAAACUCUGCGAGGCCAUUAAGGCAGACAUUGCUGCUACUGCGUCGUCCGAGGAGUUCCCCAACUCUGCUGAACCCAACGCCGCACCCUCUUCGAAGGACGCCCUUCUCCCUCUGCUGAGGGUCUACUGUAUCUGGAUUGCUUCCCGCACGUCCGAGAUCUAUACUUCGCCGGACUCCCCUGGGAACAUUGUUCCACCGAUGACGCAAACCCUGGCCUCUGUCCUAACCUCUUUCUGUACGGAGCUCUCCAACAAUGCCGACACAGUCGCUAGCUGCCCUUACCUUCUUCCUGAGGAUAUUGAGAUCCGUGGCCUCACCUCUCUCUCCGAUGAUAGUGUCCCGGUUGCCUGCCGGGGUUACUGCGAUGAUAAUGGCCAGAUGAAGCCACACCCCGAUUCACAGUCUCAGCGUCAAGCACCCUCCCAGGAGUCAACUGCGCGCCUGCUAGACAUUCUCCGCUGCGCAUACUCCCUGACGGAGGACCCCAACGUGCCGCUGAUCUGCAGCGCCAUUGAGUCUGGACUGGAGUUUCGGUAUCAGGAUCGAUCUCAGCCUUCUGGGGAACCCGUCCUUCAAAAAUCUGCCCGGGAACCGGUGCUCCAGAAACCUGCUCGGGAACCUGCCCUCCAGAAACCUGCUCGGGAACCUGUUCUUCAGAAAUCUUCACGAGAACCUAUCCUCCAGAAACCUGCACGGGAACCUAUCCUCCAGAAAUCUACUCUGGGACCUGCCCGAGAACCUGCUAGAGAGCCUAUCAAAGAGCCUGAACUCGCCCGGACGCCAGAGAAGCCUGUACUCCCUGGUUUUGACACAUCCAGAAACUCUAGCCAAUGGGCCCAACUCGCUCAGAAUAAUGCGAAUACCUAUCAAGGUGCUCAGUAUGGCAGUCCUGCUAUGCCGCCCGUGGAGGAUCGUCCUCAGGAACAGGUGUACAGUACGCCUGCGACGCAUCUGAGACCUAUGAACGAUGCCGAUGAGACGGUUGUCAACAUGCUUUCGCCCUUCCUCGACUGCCCGACCCCCAAGUCUGAGCAGAAUACCUACUCGCCCAAAGAGUCAUCAUACGGGAUGCACUCGACCACGGCCAGCGAGCUCGCGCAAGAGCUCCUCAAGACAUUUCAGCCGGAAAAAGACGAGCCGGUCCCUUACUACGAGUCCAUAAAUGCGCAGAGGUACGCCUCAUCAGGGUGGAAUGGCAUGUUCAUGGCCGCACCAUCCAAGGCUCAACUGCCCAGUGUAUACCAAGGAACACCUGCGUCUGUACAUGGUCCUAGCCGACUCACGGCCCAGACUCAGGGCGGCGCCUACGGUAUCGGUUAUACGAGCAACGGGGUACAAGGACAGAGCUCUAUCUCGUCCUUGUCAUCCGGGCGGCCGUUCCAGAUGAACCAGACGUCGUCUAACUAUGAUGCCGCUGUCUUUGAAGCAGCAAUGAAUGGUCAACGAUUUAACCGAUGA